UUCCAUGUAAAUCGCUUCAGCUCUGAUCCAAUUCAGCAGGUGGCGGUAGUGUCCCAUAAGCUGCCCAUUGCCGUCACCUGACUUAAGACGUCAUCAUUCGUCACGUCCGGAUAAACUCGGGCGGGUUUUUAGAAAAUGUUUUAGUAGCGUACCUCUCGACUAUUGCUCAACAAAAGUAAAAAUAAUUAUACAUUUGAAGGGUUUUAAUCCGCAGCCCCACCGUUAGUGCUAUACAAACAUUUAGUGACUUCUCUGGCGUUGACUUUAGUAUAAAUGUAGCCCUUUAUUGGUCAGAAAAAUAAGCACUAAGGACUUCACUGUAUCAAAUAUGGACCGACCAUCCAGGAAAACAAAGAUGGUAAAUUACCGUGAGUCCAACGACAUGGACGACGAUGAUGAUGACUUUGCUGAUGUCAAGGCAGCGCCGAGUAAGAAAUUCAGAAUGGAUGAGAAACAGAAGGACAAAAAGUCAUCGAGUAAGUCCUCCAGCCAAGAAAGUAACUCUCUCAGCCAGAACAGCAGACGACCGCUGGACCAGAAGUUGCUUGAUCGAGAUCUAGAAGCAGCCAUUACACUUUCUUUGCUCAACAGUGUUUCUGAAAAUAGGGUUCAGUCAACUGCUACUAAAGAAGUCAAAGUUCAACUUCCAGUCGAUGAAAAUACAGAUCCCUUAACAGUGCAUCUGUCCAACUGCAGUGUGGAUGCUGCUCAGUUAGGUUUGGAUGAAAUCACGUCCGAAUACAGAUCACCUGCUCCAUCUAAACAGAGAAAAGCUGCUGCUGCUGCUGAAAAGAAGAAGCAAAUACCAGAGGAGGAAGAUGAGGAUUAUCAACCCAAACUGACUCCAGACUCAGAAAGUGAUGAAAACUUCAGUGAAGCUGAGGAGAGCGAAGACGAUGAAUUCACUGUGAAGAAGGUCAGCAAAGUUCAGAAGAAGGAGAAAAUAACCACAGAAAAGAAAAUCAAGUCACCUGCUGCUGCCAAAAAAGAAAAACAGACGCCUAAACCAAGCAAAUCGAAACCUACAGCAGCAGCAGCAGCAACUUCCAUCACACCAGUAAGAAAACCAGCAGGAACAAAAUCUGCACCUCUCAUGCCUGCUCUAUCUCCGAAUCCAGCAGGGGGCAGAACACCAAAGUGGAACCCACCAGGUCACGUGGGUAAAUGUCCCAGCUCUUCCUUGAGUCCACCACUCAGGUCUCCAAGUCAGGGUCUGAGACUCGGACUCUCAAGACGCGUACGAGUCAAACCUCUUCAUCCCAGCGUGGCCACUCACUGACUCAGCUCAUCACAUCUAAAUGUAUGUCGUGUUUAGUUUCAUCUUUGCUACUUUUAAAAGUUGUGUUAAAUAAUUUCUUGUAAUUUUUUUUUCUCUGAAAUUGUUUAGCACAGAUCCCCCCCCCAUUUACUGACAUUUUAAGAUUAAAAUGAUAAUGAGAUAAAUAACAGAUUCAUGUCUUUAAAACCCAACAUUGUAUUGACUUUGUACAUUUUAUUGGUUGUUGAC